AUGGCCAUUUGGAGCAGAGGGGCAGGGGGGCUUUCGAAGCAUGGCCAGACCCUCUCAUUAGUGCAGGGACUCUUUGGCUGGUGCCUGGUCAGUCCACACUCCGGGUUAAAAACAAAGGUGAUGUGGGUGCAGCGUUGGUGUGUGACUCUGCAGGCUUGUGAAAUAACAGAGUCCCCUCUCGCGGAGAAGGUCUGUGUGAGGUUUCAGACACUCGACAUCUACCUUCAGGCACAGGAGACAGCAGCCAAAUACCAGAAGCUGCAUUGUGAUCAUUGCUACCAGAUGGCAGAAAAUGCCUAUGACAACAGCGAUUGUCUCAUCACCACGAAACGCCUAAGUGGCUACUACAGAGACGCAAAAGGGGGCAUGAAUGAGCAGAAACGAACUCAGAUCUACAAGGCGCCUGGUGCAAAUUUCCCUUCUGCAACAGACUCCUCACCCCCCCCCACCCCCCCCCCCCCCCACCCCCCCCCCCCCCCACCCCCCCCCCCCCCCACCCCCCCCCCCCCCCACCCCCCCCCCCCCCCACCCCCCCCCCCCCCCACCCCCCCCCCCCCCCACCCCCCCCCCCCCCCACCCCCCCCCCCCCCCACCCCCCCCCCCCCCCACCCCCCCCCCCCCCCACCCCCCCCCCCCCCCACCCCCCCCCCCCCCCACCCCCCCCCCCCCCCACCCCCCCCCCCCCCCACCCCCCCCCCCCCCCACCCCCCCCCCCCCCCACCCCCCCCCCCCCCCACCCCCCCCCCCCCCCACCCCCCCCCCCCCCCACCCCCCCCCCCCCCCACCCCCCCCCCCCCCCACCCCCCCCCCCCCCCACCCCCCCCCCCCCCCACCCCCCCCCCCCCCCACCCCCCCCCCCCCCCACCCCCCCCCCCCCCCACCCCCCCCCCCCCCCACCCCCCCCCCCCCCCACCCCCCCCCCCCCCCACCCCCCCCCCCCCCCACCCCCCCCCCCCCCCACCCCCCCCCCCCCCCACCCCCCCCCCCCCCCACCCCCCCCCCCCCCCACCCCCCCCCCCCCCCACCCCCCCCCCCCCCCACCCCCCCCCCCCCCCACCCCCCCCCCCCCCCACCCCCCCCCCCCCCCACCCCCCCCCCCCCCCACCCCCCCCCCCCCCCACCCCCCCCCCCCCCCACCCCCCCCCCCCCCCACCCCCCCCCCCCCCCACCCCCCCCCCCCCCCACCCCCCCCCCCCCCCACCCCCCCCCCCCCCCACCCCCCCCCCCCCCCACCCCCCCCCCCCCCCACCCCCCCCCCCCCCCACCCCCCCCCCCCCCCACCCCCCCCCCCCCCCACCCCCCCCCCCCCCCACCCCCCCCCCCCCCCACCCCCCCCCCCCCCCACCCCCCCCCCCCCCCACCCCCCCCCCCCCCCACCCCCCCCCCCCCCCACCCCCCCCCCCCCCCACCCCCCCCCCCCCCCACCCCCCCCCCCCCCCACCCCCCCCCCCCCCCACCCCCCCCCCCCCCCACCCCCCCCCCCCCCCACCCCCCCCCCCCCCCACCCCCCCCCCCCCCCCCCCCCCCACCCCCCCCCCCCCCCACCCCCCCCCCCCCCCACCCCCCCCCCCCCCCACCCCCCCCCCCCCCCACCCCCCCCCCCCCCCACCCCCCCCCCCCCCCACCCCCCCCCCCCCCCACCCCCCCCCCCCCCCACCCCCCCCCCCCCCCACCCCCCCCCCCCCCCACCCCCCCCCCCCCCCACCCCCCCCCCCCCCCACCCCCCCCCCCCCCCACCCCCCCCCCCCCCCACCCCCCCCCCCCCCCACCCCCCCCCCCCCCCACCCCCCCCCCCCCCCACCCCCCCCCCCCCCCACCCCCCCCCCCCCCCACCCCCCCCCCCCCCCACCCCCCCCCCCCCCCACCCCCCCCCCCCCCCACCCCCCCCCCCCCCCACCCCCCCCCCCCCCCACCCCCCCCCCCCCCCACCCCCCCCCCCCCCCACCCCCCCCCCCCCCCACCCCCCCCCCCCCCCACCCCCCCCCCCCCCCACCCCCCCCCCCCCCCACCCCCCCCCCCCCCCACCCCCCCCAUCCAAAUGGCAUCUCACUCCCCCGACCUGUGAACUUUGGCAAGCACGGCCACAAAUGCUUGCGGAGGAGCUGCCCGGCCAUGGUGCGCGUGUGUGUUGAGCCCCGCUGGAAAAGGACAGCCGUUCCUUGCAUUUAUCCGGAGAGUCUUCAGUGGGAGAGGCGUCAGAGGAUGCACAUACCAGAAGCCCCCAACUUCCAGUUGAAGCAUUUCCGGCUGUUAAUCUUGAGAAGGAUGCUGGAGGCGCUGGCCUUUCAGAGCGAGAAUCUUUGGCUAGAGCAGGAGUCCCCAACCUGGUACCUGCUGACACCACUGCACCUGCUGAACCUUUCUUGGCACUUGCCAAGUGUUGUAAAGAGUGGGCAAAUAGCAGUUUCGCAGGACCAUUCCAGACGGGUUUAUUUCAAUGUUUCAGCUGCCGAGGUUGCUUCAUCAGGGAACAGAAGGGUACGGGUCCGUUUCCUUUCGGCUAACACCUGUCUUCCUUGGGGAAGACCCUCCCCUUGCCCUGAGAGUCUGUUUGAUAUUUGGGAUGAGUCAACAGCUCAGCCCGGUGUGUGUCAACAGAAGUGGUGGCUGGAACUUGCGGAGAAAGAGGUGGAGGAGGAGGAGCAGAAGACGAGGAUCAGCAAAAUUGCAGUCCUUGCCUGGUUUUCUGAGUUCAAUGGCAGAAAUCCAACAGGGGAAGUUUUAUGCAACGAAAGGCGAGCUUUGCCGGUUGGAUUUCAGGCCGCUAUUCAAGGACCUGUGAGCCGGCCUGGCUCCCCCAGAGUUCCCAUGCUGGAAAGAACCAUCUGCGCUGGUGGCCCAGCCCGGCUCCGCCUGCCCUAUCAGCAGUUCAGACCUGAUUUCCCAAUCACUUCCCCUUUGAGCUUCCCCAAACAUGGAAGUCAAGCAGAAAAGCAUGGCUGCCCUGGGGCUGUGCUCGAGUGCCAGCCUGCCUCCGGAGACCCCUCCGCCAGUCCUGGGCCUGAGCAGCUGGCUCUCUGCGCUUCGGGUGUGGAUCACUACCUGCAGCAGCCUUCGUUCACCAUGAGCGGGCUGAUUCUGGGCCCAGGCAUGAAGGGCUAUCCUGGGAAGACGGCCACGACUUGUCCUCGGUUGCUUCAAAAGGCAGGGGAAGAUUGA